AUGAAUACUGAAACUUCUCCGGAUGAUCCGACAGGAAACGAUGACGUCACGGUGGGCAAGUUUUAUGCAACGUUUCUCAUUCAGGAGUGGUUUCGCCGCUGGAAACAAAAGAAGGCAGAGGAACAGAAGGCUCUUUUACACGGACAGGGGAAGCGGCACUCCAUACUGCCUUUCAAAAGUCGACAGUCAAUACUACUUGUGGAGCCAAACGCAGCAGCAGCUGCCGCUUCUGGUACAACGGAAACUGCUGCCAAACGGGGAUCUGGAAGCCUGACUGAAUCAGAUAAUCACCCCGGUCUGUUCGGCACAAUGAUGCAGGCACUUCAUCGAGUGAGUGGCUCCAGACCUGCGCCAACCUCAGCCAGGAUCCCCAGUCAGUAUGACCUUGAACGGACAUCUCCUUCAGAAACAAACAGCGGCUCACCCCCGGAAGUGGACAAGUCGGUACCUAUGGACCCACACUUGUCGACGUCUACUCAGAACGCCUUGGCUGAUGAUAUACGCAAACUCUCUCGCUCCUUCACUCAUUCAAGGCGCUUGCCACCUGUUCCCUCAAAAAUACUUCCAACAGUCACUUCGAGGAACGAACUAGAAGCAGUAUCGGCCACACAGGUUUCAUCUAAGUGGGACUACGGGGAAGCGUUACCCGAGGAACACGAGGAGUGGAACUCCAGCUUCGAGGAGCUACCCAAAAAGCCUCAAACACGUUCAUCUGAACAUAACACCUCGAAAGCUCUACACCUCAUGGAGUCACAGCAGGUCAUGUCCCAGCAACACAUCUCAAACGACAGGGACUACACACGACCCAUUCCUCUCCAUUAUCCUCUCAGUCGAUCAGAGCAAGUCAACCGUCGCACACUUAGAAGCGUAAUGACACCAAUGAUUGCAAGUUACGCUGAGCCAAGUUCCCCUGAUUCCACAGAAAGUGGCAGUGAUCGACUGUCUGCGUAUGCCAGAGGUGACACGCCUAGCCCUGCCCCCUCAAUCGGAGCUGCCAUAUUACAGCCUAAUGUCUAUCCUGGAUCUCGUACCAAAGGCAUUCAAGGACGGCGGCGCCAGCAGCUGGACGUUUCCGAUUACACAAUCUACAGGAGUGUUCCCCGUGAUUUCGCCCUAGUGCCUCCCCCAAAGACAAACGAACUUUAUGCGGAUAUGAAAACGCCCACUUGGACAGCAAGUUUACCGGAUGCACCAAUGGUGAUUCGGACGGAGCCGCAUCAAGGGAGGAGGAAAUAUCGCCGACAACUUCCUGAAAUACCACAGCAGAAGCAGGUGACGGAGGCAAGCGCAAUCAGAACCGAACCACCUGGCGGGUUUUUCGCGAAUGGGCUCAUCCGCCUCCCUGAUCUUGACAAUAGUGAAGCCGAUUGUUCACGUAGCAACAACUCCCCGGGCCCUCCAUUAGGUGGGUGUACGAGUUAA